AUGGACGAGACGAGUCCGCUUGUCUCUCCGCUCCGGGACUCCGGUGAUUUCAGCUACGGUCCCACAGAGCCCCCCAGCCCCCGGGGCACGUUUGGAAGCACACCGGGCUCGGUGGUGCGCAUCUCGGCUGGCAGUCCGGGGCGCAGCCGGGAGAGACAGCCGCUUCUGGACCGGGACCGUGGGAGCUCGCCGCGGGAGCCGCACAGGAACGAGUUCCCGGAGGAUCCCGAGUUUAGAGAGAUCAUCCGAAAGGCCGAGCGAGCCAUAGAGGAGGGGAUCUACCCGGAGAGGAUCUACCAAGGAUCCAGUGGAAGCUAUUUUGUCAAAGACUCACAGGGGAAAAUCAUUGGCGUGUUCAAACCUAAAAAUGAAGAGCCCUAUGGCCAGCUGAACCCCAAGUGGACUAAGUGGCUCCAGAAACUGUGUUGUCCCUGCUGCUUUGGCCGCGACUGUUUGGUCCUGAACCAGGGUUACCUCUCGGAGGCCGGGGCCAGCCUGGUCGAUCAGAAACUGGAGCUCAACAUUGUUCCCAGGACCAAGGUGGUGUACCUGGCGAGUGAAACAUUCAACUACAGUGCCAUAGACAGGGUGAAAUCUCGAGGAAAGAGGCUAGCCCUAGAGAAGGUACCUAAAGUGGGCCAGCGCUUCCACAGGAUUGGACUGCCACCAAAGGUUGGUUCCUUCCAGCUCUUUGUUGAUGGAUACAAGGAUGCAGAUUUCUGGCUGCGGAGGUUUGAGGCGGAGCCUUUGCCUGAAAACACCAACCGUCAGCUCCAGCUGCAGUUUGAGCGGCUCGUAGUCCUCGAUUACAUCAUCAGGAACACAGACAGGGGAAAUGACAACUGGUUGCUGAAGUAUGACUGUCCCAUGGACCCUGUUGGGAAUAGGGACACAGACUGGGUGGUAGUAAAGGAUCCCAUCAUCAAGCUGGCAGCUAUAGACAAUGGCCUCGCCUUCCCCCUCAAACACCCUGACUCCUGGAGAGCUUACCCGUUCUACUGGGCAUGGCUUUCCCAGGCCAAAGUUCCUUUCUCCCAGGAAAUCAGAGAGCUGGUCCUGCCCAAACUCGCUGACCCAAAUUUCAUCAAAGACCUGGAAGAGGACUUGUACGAAUUAUUCAAGAAAGACCCUGGUUUCGACAGAGGACAGUUUCACAAACAAGUAGCCGUAAUGAGGGGGCAGAUCCUGAACCUGUGCCAAGCCCUGAAGGAUGGUAAAACACCCCUGCAGCUGGUCCAGAUGCCCCCAGUAAUCGUCGAAACAGCCAGAGCACCUCAGAGAGCCAACAGUGAGUCCUACACACAGAGUUUCCAGAGCAGAAGACCCUUCUUCACCUGGUGGUAGGAACGAUUCAGUGAAGAGGAAGAGGAAGAGGAGGAACAGCAGGAAGCCGGAAUGAGGCGUGUCGAUGGAAGACAGGACAGACUCGGAGGGCGCAGGUUUCUGUCCUGGAAAUGGAAAUAAUCAUCACCCUCCCCUGCUCUCCUUGGUUACAAAGAGUGAGUGAGUGGGUGGAGAGAUGAGGCCAAAAGAGGAAGAAUUUCAUAGCAUAUCUUCCCUGUUUGCUUCUGUGCCUUGUGUGGAUGUCAAUGAGGAAUUUACGCCUAAAUGAUGAAGACUCUGUACCUUCCUGCGAGAGAGAAAGAUUUUAGUGAGAUGUCAGACUUUUCUUUCAGACUCCUGGGUGCACGUAAUGUUUGCUCACACACAUGCACGCCAGUCAAAAGCCUCCUAUACUUUGUUUUUGGACGGGAGGUGUUGCAUUCCAUGUUUUUUUUUGUUUUUUUUUCUUCAUACCUCUCUGCCUUUUAAUAUUCACCUGCAUAUUCCCUCCCAUGCAGUUAAAAGCCCUGGGCUGGUGAAAGCAGUGGUGCCACUAGUGAAGAUGACUAUUUUAUUUUUUUUAACAAAGAGAGAAGUGUGCAUUGUGGUUCAGUCUUAAAGAUUUAGGAACUGGGCACUCAGUGGUGUGUAUGUCUUUACACAGUGAACGCAAGCCAUGUGAACUAGUUUCAGUGCUGCUCCUAACUGUUUAGAUCUGCAAGUCAUCUGGGGUGAGGUUAUAAAGCAGAGGCCCUUUUGGUUAAAGAAACAAACUUUUUGUUAAGCUGAGAUAAGUAUGACUGGCUCGCCUAAUUUUUCUUCUUUCACUGAUGAGUUAAAUCAUUGGUGCAGAAGACAAAAUUAUCCCAUCUGCAAGCAGGCAGAGGGGGGUCGGGAGUUCCCAGUCCAACAAGCUCCUGUCUGUCUCGGCCAUGUUGAUUUCUGUUAAUUUUCUGGCUCGUGGGGUGGACCUAAGUAAACAACAAAGUAACUGCUGUACUGAACUGACAUGAAAUGUAUUGUGACAAUGCACUGUAUAAUUUGUAUGUAAUAUUUAAUGAUAGAUUAUAAUUAAAACAUAUUCCAUUAAUACA